AUGGAGGCCACGGAAAGAAUCGUGGACGAUCUAGACUUUACCCUUGAACAGAAAUUGAAAUGGGCUAUUUCCUUGCUUCGCGAUGAAGCAUGCCAAUGGUGGCUGACUGUUAAGGAGGGGGCAAGCUACAUCGAUGCUAGAAGACGUGAGUUUCUGAAUCUCACACAAGGGGAUCGUUCAGUGGCCGAGUAUGAGAGGGAGCAUAACUUUUUAGCAUUGGUAGAGAACACGAAGAUCACCGAGGAGGUGAAGCACACUGAGCGGCAAAACUGGGAUAAGGAGAGAGGCAAGAAUAAGAGGGAUUCGGAGCCCUCGAUUUCUGGGAUGAGGCCUAAGAAAAAUGACAGAUCUGGUGGGAUAGUUAGAGUUAGGGCCCCUGUUGCAUCUACUGGAAUCACGCUUUGCGGACAUUGUGGAAGGCGCCAUCUGGGUGAAUGUUGGAGGACGACUGGGGCUUGUUUAGGAUGUGGGUCUACUGAGCACUGUGUUGGGGAGUGUCCGCUGAGGACCAAUCAGGUGCAAGUUACGGGUUCUGGUACUGCACAGCCAUCGAGGGUAGUUCAGCAACCGCCUAGGGGCCGUGAUCAGGCUAGGAGUGAUAAUGGUAUGGGUUAUGGGCAGAGAGCACCAGGCAGAGAUAUAGGAUCUACGCAUUCCUAUAUUGUCUGUUCUAUUUUCAAAAACCUAGAGAUUCUGGUUGAGAGUACUUUUAGUGAGGUGACUGUGCUGAGCCUGCUGGGGCAAUUUGUUACAUUUACCAAACUGUACAGAGAUGUUCCCUUAGAGGUUCAAGGGGCAGUAUUUCAGGCUGAUUUGAUGGAGCUUCCAUUUUGGGAGUUUGAUAUGAUAUUGGGGAUGGACUGGUUGGUCAAGAAUCAUUUCAGUUUGGAUUGUGCGACUAAGAGGGUCGUAUUGAUAACUGAAGGGGGUAAUAUAGUUGUGAUUGGGGAACGCCGGAAUUACUUAGCUAACAUGAACUCUACACUGGUAGCUGAGAAACUGGUUCGCAAGGGAUGUGAUGCGUAUUUGGCCUACGUAAGUGUUUUCGCUGCUUGGGACUCUACUAUUAAGGACUUCAUAACUGUGAGGGAUUUUUUAGACGUCUUUCCUGAGGAGCUACCAGUUUACCUCCAAAUCGAAAGUGGAGUUCUGGAUUGA